AUGGGCAGCCUGUCUACGAUUGACAAGGAUUUUGUCACGGAACGCUUGCUAUACCUCGCUCGUGAAACUGCUCACGAUGCUCCAGAGGUGAGCGUGGUGUUGUUGGCACUUGCUGUACCACCCGAGGCGUUGCCCAGCAAUGAUGUCAACCAUCAAAGGGCAAAUGCCUGGCGUCAUUUGUACAUAGACCUAGAUGAUGUUGAUGCAGCAGAAGGCAUCGAAUUGCUGCGGGUGACGGUGGUAGGCCAAGCCGGUGCGGCCUUUGGUGGUGUGAGGCCCAGGUUCAUGGUAGUCUCGCCGGGCUUCUUCGGCUCCGAGGUGCGGCGUUUGGUGCUGCGCGCCUUCACCGAAGAGCCAGAGGAGGACCCUCUGACGGUGCCACAGGCACUGUAUGCUGCGACCAUGCGAUCGAUUCCGUAUAUCUAUGAGCCAAAGGGCUCCUCGUUUGACGUGAUGCCGAUUCUGCCGGUGUCUACCCUUUUCAGCGACGAUGAGCUAGAUGAGCUGCAGCUGAAGCGAAAGAAGCGCAAAGACCCGCGCCAGACCAUUGUCUCGGUGCCGUCCAUCCGCUUGAUGCCAGGCUUGGCGCAUCCGUUGACCUUCAACGAGGAACAGAUGCUUCGGCUCUUCGUGACGGAUCCAAGAUCCAUGGCCUACAACCUUUCCAACACGCAACGCAGCCGUGUGCCGUUGACCGUGGAGCAGUGCGAAAUGGCGCACCGGAUCAUCUUGGAGCGGCACGAAGUGCUGCGGAGCGCCUUUAGCCUGGAGGACCCCAACAACCCCACACGCAAGGUGAUGAGACAUCACCUGGGAGGCUUCUAUGCCUUGGCGCUGCCCGACGAGGGCAGUGCGCAGGCGAUCGCGGCGAUGGACUACGCCACGCCACAUCGGCCCGCGGACCUGGACGGGCUGCGCGAGCCGAUGUCCAAGCUUCACCGGCGCAGUGGGCCGCGGCGGCGCCGGGGCAGACGGCCGAAGCACGUGGCGGUCUGCGCACCAGGAGAGGAGACCGUGGAAGAAGGCGUCAGCGAGACUCUCUAUGCCUUGGGCACCGCAUGUGUGCCGGGCGCCUUUGACAAGGCCCGCCUUGCUGAGCUUCGAGACUCCUUCCUGGACCUGUCGGAGGCCGACGCCGAGACCUUCGUCUUCGGCGAGCUUCGGGGCCACCGUCGCGCCGUGCAUUUGCCGUUCCGGGAGCCCUUCAGUCGGCUGCCAUUGCUGGGCGAAGAUGGUGAGUUGCUGGAGGUAUUGGCCGAAUAUUUGGGAGAGGAUUUCGAGCUGGAAAGCGCGCUGAUCAUCACGGUGGAUGGCAACACCGAGGCACAGAACGCGCACACCGACACGGAGGACGAUGGCAGCGUCUCAGUGCACAUCCCACUGCAGCCAUUGCGAGAGACUUUCGCUCCACUGUCCCUUUGUGUGGCCACCCACCACGAGCCAGAGCUGUUGGACGAAGCGGCGGCGACGGUGCGGAAGUGGCGCUGCAACGGCGAGUCGCCCAUGGAUGCACGGAAGCGUCUCGUGGCCGGCACCAUCCUGAAGCGCAAAGCCCUCCUGGUCGAGUGGGAUUCCACACGCCAUCCGCUGGAGACAUUGGACCUGCGGCUGGGCAAGCGGAACUGCCGGGUGCGGGGAUUGCGUUUGGAAGAUGGACUGAGCCUGGAAGCGUUGGGCUUAGAAGUCGGAGAUGAGAUCACUCACGUCAACGAUGUGAGCUUUAUGACCUGGUACAAGCGCAUCACCGCUUCUUCCCCGCCGUUGGGUCUGCACGUGCCACUGCGGCUGCGCGUGCUGCGGCGCCCCACGGCGCCGCAAAGUGUGGAGGGGCCCCGGCUGCUGGUGGGCGCGCCACUGGAGUUGGGAGAGGCGAUCAUGUAUGAUUCCAGGACGAUCCAUUGGGGCAUGGCAAAUACCGAGGACUCUGCUCGGCAUGUGCUCUACCUGAAUUUCAUGAGCUCCGACUUCAACGGCUACUCCCCCGAUGGUGAUGCCUUGGCGGCCGCCAGCCCCGAGUGCCUAGAGGCGCGCGAGGCCUUCCGAAAGUUAGGUGUCAGCGGGAUCCGGAUGCUCUACACGCCCUCUAGCGACAACUUUCCAGCCUUACAUGUGAACAUGCAUCACAUCCUGGCAGACAACGACGCGUUGAUGACCUUUUGGCAAGAGUCCUUCCAAGUGCAGGAGCUUCUGUACUACGGUUUCUCUAAAGAGGCUGUGAAGGAGAGACUUCCCAAGCUGCCCGUGCAGUUCACGGACUUUGCCUACUGGCAGAAGUCGCUGUUCUCGCGAGGCCUUCUGAAGCCGGACUUGUCCUACUGGGGCCGGGAGGUCACCGACUCGCAACCUCCCACAGUGCUGGACUUGCCGUUGGAUGUGCCGCGGCCACGGGUGUGGAACGUGGUGGGAGAUAGUGUCAAGAUCGACUUCGACCAAGAAAUCAUCCAACCGGUCAUGGAUCGCAACCCCCGCAUCACACCUUUUGCCUCCGUGAUUUGCAACUUCUCGUCACGACUGCCCAGUGGGGCCAGGUGA